GUCAUCGGGGAUCCUUCCCGGAUGUCAUCCAUUAUCGAUAAAAGCUCGGCCGUCCAUCGUUAGGCUCAGAAGCCGUUUACACCCAUCGCCAUCGACAUGAAGUUUCUUCUGAGGACGCUGUUUGUGGUUCUGUGUAGCCUGCUCUUCACUCUUGCUGGUGCCGCUCCCGGAGUUAUCAGCGACAGCAGUGAAGGACGAAGAACCCCCUGCAACAUAGGACUUCCGUGCAGUGAUUCCAGAUACACAACGCAUGAACCAGAGAUUAUAACACUUGCCGACUGCAGUAAAGGUCCAUGCUGAAGGGUGCUCACAUCUCCGCCUGUACCCAGUGUGUAUAAAAGGAGAGCUCUCUGGCAGUGUAGCGGUGUAUGUGACACUGGGGACCUUAGGUGGUUGACGAGCAGCGAAGUUCUGAGGCGUUUUGAAGAUGCGGCCAGAGGGACGGUGCCUCUUUGCGGUGGCAUUAGUUAUGCUGCUCAUCGCCACUUCUGAUGCAGUGCCCGUACCUGAAGAAGCCUCUGAGUUGGGAGAUCUGCGGGCUUUGCCCUCCGUCCCACGACAAACGUCACCAUUGAUGGCUGCAAUGGCGCCUCCUCUCCCAGAUACACCAGGUGAUGCAGGCGACGUGAGCCGAGGCAAGAGGACACUUUUUAAGAAGCGCCCCUUCUCUUCCGGCUCAUGUGGUGGAGGCUGCUGCGGAGGCUGCAGCGUGUGUGGAGGCUGUGGAGGCGGCGGGGGCGGCCACUCCUACAGUUCAUCGGGCUCUUACAGCUACUCGCGCUCUUACGGCUAUGGUCGACGAUAACGCUAUGGACGUCCAGCAUCAACUACGCUCCACGAGCUAAGUGGGAGACCACGCUUACCUACGAAUUCCGCGUAGGUUUUGACAAUAGUUGUGUAUAAAUAUUUCUGUUUUAAACGAAAUACAUUUGUUUUGUAUAAAAA